GUUCUUUGCCGCUGAAAACUUCUUAUUUACGCGCGCUAUAUCUUGAUUCGACUAGCGAGGAUCGCAUCGCCUGCCCUCUUGCCCCGGCUUGCGUGCAUCUCACAUCGCUGCAGAUCGCUGUGGCAUCGACGACAUCUGAUUGCCUUUUUAUGGCGGAUCUCUGCGCAAGUCAAUCAAAUUUGUAGUAAAAGAAUACAACGUAAAGACUGAUUCGCUGACAUAGAAUUCAAAAGCAAAGUGAAAACCAAUCCAACCAAAACCCAAGAGGAUCAAUGCAAAUGUGAAGAAAACCAAUCAAAAAUGUGUAAAUCAAAUCACAAAUCGUGUUAAAACACGAAUUCAAUAAUUGUGUCCAAUCUGCAAAAAAAAACCAAUGGAGUCAUAUCAUUUAAUGCAUUUAAGUUUUUCUUUUUUGUUCGGUUUCCGUUUUGUUUCCAUUAUCGUUUCGAAUCUUCUCGCGAUAUUUUCGUUUUCGUACGUUGACAACGCGUUGAACAGUCACAAAAAUGUUGCUGACAAUGAGGCGUCAGAAUGAAUUGAUAAGCAGCCAGCAGCAUUCCACAACGGUAACAGAUCCCAACAACACAGCCACGCCCUCGCCACCUGCACUCGCCGCAGCAACAACAGCAACUGCAACCGCGCCACCAAUAUUGCCACAGUCAACACAGCCAGGCUUAAGCCUGUUGCCCACAACGCCAACGGCAGCACAGGAUUCGCUUAAUACACCCACAACACCGCAGCUCAGUCGCAAUCCCUUGCAGUUUGCCACACCAGCUGUGCCACCGCCACCGAUUGUGGCAGGUCCAACCUCCGCUCUAGGGUAUUAUAAUAACAACAACGGGAUUGCAACAUCUCAAGUGGCAUCAAACUAUUUGCAUCACCCGACCACAGCUGGGAAGGAUGCCACAGGAGUUGAACUCGACGAAUACGUGGACAUAUUACAGGUGCAACAGUUGCUGCUAGACUCCUCGGCAGCCGCCGCUGCAGCAGCCAAUAAUCCCUCGCAAGAUCAGCAACAUCAACAACACCAACAACAACAGCAAUUGCAAACUCUCGCCAAGCCGCGACCGCGCAUCAAUCUUCAGAAAGCAUCGGAGUAUGCUGCACAAUUAGCUCAGGCUGAGACAUCUUCGCCUGCUUCGCGCCGCGUUCUUCUCGACUAUCCGAAUCCUUAUCUCUACGGAAAUCAUUAUCAUCACACGCCGCCAAACGAGGACCUCGUGGCCCUUUGGUUUGGCAGCAAUGGCACAGGCGGCGUAGCCCCUGGAACCCCAUCAGCGGCCAUGAUCAUGGAAGGGCUUGAAACCCUGGUGGCGCCAACGCAUCACGCAUUCCUGCUCACCGAAACGGCCGCUGCGGCCCAUUUCAAUGUGCUGAGCUUUGACACGUGCCUCUUCAAGACGAGCACGGCACAGAGCAGCAGUCCCUCGGCUGCCAGUUACCUAAGCUCAGCACAAUUUGGCGGUGGCGUCGCCGCCACAGCAGCUGCCGGCAGCAGCAGCAGCAACGGCAACAACAGCUCAACAAUUGCUGCCAGCAGCAGCCACAGCAACAGCAUCGGCGGUCAAACGUUGUUGCACUAUACGACGGCUGCCACAGCGGCCACACAUCACAACAACAACAACAACAACAAUCAUCAUAACAAUAAUUCUGUGCUGCGUGCUCGCAAUCAGACAGCCACGCCCACACAGGGCGGCAGUCCUGGUAACGUGGCAGCGCAACCGAUAUCAGGCAGCGUCACAGCCGCGAGCAGCGGCCGCAGUUCAGCAUCACAUCUCAGCCUGUUGAACACAAGCCAACACAGUCCCGUUACGGCCACCGAGCACGGUGUCACCGGCGUGGAGUCCAAGCAGCUGAUCGAGGCUCUGCCCGGCGAUCUCAAUACGCCGGUCACCACGUCCAGCGAUAUACCCUCGUUCUUUGGACCAUCCACAGUGGUCGAACCACCGCCAAUUACCGGCUCAAUUGAAUCCGAGGAUCUGUCGCUGGAGCCGCAAGUUGUCUCAGUGGCGAGUCCUGUGUUGUCCUCGUGCAGCCCGCUGAAGGAGGAGCGCAGCACGCCGCCCGCUUUGUCCAUUGUCAAGGAAGAAUCAAGUAAUAAUAGUUGUAACAUGUAUCCACUACACCACAACAACAACAACAACAACAGCCACAGCCACCAUCACACAACAUCAACAACAACAACAUCAUCAACAACAGCAACAACAACAACCGCCACAAACAAACAAACAAGCAGCGACAGCAACAGCAGCAGCACGGAGCGAGUUUGCUCGCCUGCUGCUGUCACAGCAACAGCUGCUGCUGGCAACACACACUCACAACAACAACAACAACAACAGCUGCAUCACAACAGCAACAACAACAACAGUCACUGUCAACACAGUCACCAACAGCAACAGCAGCAGCAACACAUGAGCUCGCCGCAACACCAACAACAAUACCAACUACAACAACACCAAAUACUACACCAACAACAGCAACAACAACAGCAGCAACAGCAACAGUUGCCACAUCAUCAUCAUCAUCAUCACCACCAUCAUCAUCACAGUCAUCAACAACAUCAACACCAACAACAACACCAACAACAACAACAACAGCAGCAACAACAGCAACACCAACAACAACAACAGCAGCAACAACACCAACAACAGCAGCAACAACAACAACAACACUAUCAACAACAUGCACUACAACAACAACAACAACUGCCUGGCAAAAUCUCAUAUCGUGGCAUUUUCACCACCACAGGCAACCACAACAGCGCCAUGAAUGCCGCCCAGCAACUCCAACAGCAACAGCAGCAGCCACAACAGCAACAGCAACUGGCAUCGCCACAGCUGAGUGUGUUGCCCGGACAAAUGUCGCCGCCAUCGAAUAGCCUGGGCAAUAGCUGGGGUCUGCCCAGUCCCGACAAGUCGCUCUUCCAGCCGCCCAUCUUCAGCCUGCCCGCCCACUAUGCCGUGCAACAACAGCAACAGCAGCAGCAACAACAGCAGCAGCAACAGCAACAAGCUGCUGCUGCCACCAGCUCGCCCUACGACGAUGGACGUGCCGCAGUUGCUGCGGCAGCACAGCAUGCGGAGUUGCUUGGCUUGAGCAUGGAUUGCACGCCACUGUUGCUGAAGCAACCGCCACCCAGCUAUGCAACCGGUGCCACCGUCUCCACGGCGGGUUUUGCCAGUCUGGCCGAUUUGCAGAGCAGCCACGAACAGUUGCAGCAGCAGCAGCAACAAUACGCCGUACGCUCGCAGCUCUCCGCCGUGUCCACGCCCAAGUAUCAGUGGCUAGACACACCCGCCGACUAUGCAGCCGCCGCGGCAGUUGUGCAACAACAGCAGCAGCAACAACAGCAGCAGCAGCAACAACAGACGCUAGUGUUGCCCGGACCCACUUCAUCGGCCAGCAGCAGCAACGCGGCGCUUGGCGUGCUCAUACCGAAGCAGGAAAGCUAUCCGGACAUGCAGCCCAACUCAAAUGGCACCGGCUACUCGAGUGCCUCGGCUGCAGCUGCCGCAGCAGCAGCGGCUGCUGCCGUGCAACUGGCCGAAUACAGUCCGUCGACGAGCAAAGGCCAUGAGAUCCUCUCGCAGGUGUAUCAACAGAGCAGUGUGCCGCUUAAACUCGUGCCCGUCAAGCCACGCAAGUAUCCGAAUCGCCCAAGCAAGACGCCAGUGCAUGAGCGUCCCUAUGCGUGUCCUGUGGAGAAUUGCGAUCGCCGCUUCUCGCGCUCCGAUGAGUUGACCCGCCACAUACGCAUCCACACCGGGCAGAAGCCAUUCCAGUGUCGCAUCUGCAUGCGCAGCUUCAGUCGCAGCGAUCACCUCACCACCCACAUCCGCACCCACACUGGAGAGAAACCUUUUAGCUGUGACAUCUGCGGACGCAAGUUUGCGCGCUCCGAUGAGAAGAAGCGUCAUGCCAAGGUGCAUCUGAAGCAGCGCAUCAAGAAGGAGUCGAAGCUGAGUCGCGAGCAACAUCAACAGCAGCAGCAACAGGCAGCAGCAGCAGCCGCUGCACAACAGCAACAGCAACAACAACAGCAGCAGCAGCAACAGUUACAACAGCAACAGCAGCAGCAACAUCAUCAGCAGUAUCAGCAUCAUCAUCUGUUGCAUGCCGCCGAUUUGGCGAUUGUCACAAGCAGUGCGACCAGCAUGUAGACCGCAGAGAACUCAACGUCAUCGAUUGAUUCCAACAACAGAGGGCAGCCAAGAACGCCAGCGUCGUACGCCUUGGGGCUGGAUCUCGAUCUCGAUAUCGAUGAGAGUCCGCUGCCCUUUGAGCUAACACUCACCUCAGACUAUGGCACACUGUCGCCAUUGACCAGUCCACUCCAGUACAACUAUGUGCUGGUCAGCCAGGAGUCCAGCGAGCUGCUGCUUUGCAGUCAGGAUUCGCGCAGUCAGGACUUUUAAAAAAGAACAGAAAUGUGCAACACGUACAAUAAGUCAACUUCUACGCUCUCUCUCUCUCUCUCAAUCUAUCUGUGCUCUAUCAAUUUUUUAAUGAAUCUACGCAGGAAUCAAUCGUUGAUGCUGAAUUAAAAUAAAAACAAAAAAGAAUACACACAAGCAGACACAAAAGAAAAGCACUAGACUGCAAAAAGCUAAUUUUGAAAUUUUAUUUCAAGUUAUUCAAAAUGUUCAGAAUUAAAGUUCUUUCGACGUGUUUUAGCUUUUUGCAACUGCUGCAGAAUUGACAUUUUUAUUGCCUAGUGCAAUUAGCUAAAUAAUUACAAAGUUGUAGCCGUAAUUUUUGGGUUGUGCUAGCAGCAAAAUCUACGCAAGACAUUAAACUAAAAAAAAAACAAAAGUAAAAUCAUAUAUUUACCUUAAACAUAAACUGAAGCCACACUAAACAAAAACAAAAAAACAGUUACUAACCGAACAAAGUCUAACAAGAACAAAAAAACAAAACGAAAAAAAAGAGUAAAACCCUAAAAACGAAAUAAUAUUAAUAUUUAAAAAUAUUUAACUUAUGUCUCUAAUACUGUGAUCUCAUGUGUAAUAAUUAUUAAUUUUAAUUUCUUAUAACUAAAACAAAAAUAAAAAAACAAAACACAAGCAAGCGUUAAUUUUACAAAUCAAUUAUAAACUUUUCAACUUUGCAUAGCUAAUGUUCAUUUUAUAAACACAAAAAAAAAAAGAAAACAAAAACAAAAAAAAAACGAAAAACAAAAAUGAUUCUAACACAAGCAAAAACUAAUUUAUUGCAGUUAAGCAUUUUAAAGUCUAUUAUUAACUUAUUUAGCAUCUUAGUGUUUAGGUUUUAACACACACACACACACACACACACAUUGAACAGUAAAAAGAAAAGAAUUAAAAUUAAUACACUUUAGCAUAUCAUUUUUCGUGUAAGCCUAAGUAAUUAAAGCAGCCAUUCAUUAAGUAUUUAAGAGCUUAAGUUGAAUGUGUGUUAAGAUGAUGAAGAAGAUAUAUUGUGCAACAUUUGAUUAUAGUUAUUGAUUAUAUUGAUUCAUUAUUCAUUAUUGAUGAUGUGAAUUACAACGUGUUGAAAAAUGCCCCAUGUACUUCCUUAAUUGAUUCGAAAUCAGACGGCAACAAAACAAAAAUCGAAAUCUAAUUUACAAAUCCUUCAUUACGUUUUUGUAUAUCACAAAAAUAAAAACAAAUUAUUUUAAAAUAUUAUUGUAUCUAUUUUCUAGUUUUUAGUUUAAAUUUCGCUUUAAUUUUAAGUUGAAAACACAAUUUUUAUAAUUAGCUUAUUUUAUUUUCGAAAAUAUAUAAC